AUGAGUAAUGUUCCAGAAAAAAGUAAGCAAAGAACUUUAAACAACGUACUGUCACAAAGUUCAAUACUUGCUCCCCAUGGAAUAACUCUACUAAUAGUUCUUGGUUUGACGUUGAACAGAACACUAACAUUCAGGGAACAUCUAACUAAAGUGGCAGCAACAAUUAAAACACGUAACAAUACAGUAAAUGAACUUGCUAAUACUAACUGGGGCUCGGGUCCUAACACACUUAGAAUAUCUUCACUAGCCCCAGUCUACUCAUUACCAGUAUGGCUUAACAGGUUAAACACUAGCGAAAAAGAUACCUAA